UAUGAAUUAAGUGUGAUGGGGGGAUAUUUAGGAUGCUCCUUCCUUGAGUUUGGAUUGGUGGAACAAAUUCUGCUCCCUCCCCCUCCAUUAUCCCUGUGUGUCUCUCUUUCCAAAUAUGGAAGGCUGGGGGUGGGGAGGCAGGUUUGGAUCAAAAGCAGGUCAAGGGCAUCUGCCUCCAAGGUGCAACGGAUGAUGUCACAAUUAAAAUGCAUCUUGUAUCAACAUGAUUUUUAGUAAGCUGGCAAUCCUCAUCAGCAGAAGCACUAGGGCCAACUUGUGCAUUUGUUUCUUACAGACAUUUCUGCUUGUGAUAUAUCUUUUUAUCAUAUAUGAUGCUUUAAAAAACCUCUUUCUUCUAUUUCAUCUGUUUAUUUUUAAGUAAAACUGGGUUUUUAACCUAGUUAAGAAUGACCGUUAACUUUGCAGAGUAAUUCAGUCUUGGAAGCCGCCACAAAGGGAGCAAGGGAUGGUACAAAAAAAUACGCAAAAAUGAAACCAAAAGAAGUAACCUUUUCAGCUUGCUAUAGCUAGUGCAGUAAAACUUCUCCCCUUAAUGUGGAAUGAGCUUUCUGGGACAGCAACUAGGGGGAAAGGGCUGUGUUGUUGGGGUGUGGAUAAAAGGGUUGUGACUCAGUUGGAGAGCAUCUCUUCUGUAUGCAGAAAGUCCAAGGUUCAACCUUCAGCAUCUUCAGCUAGGGCUGGGAAUGCCCCCUGCCUGAAACCCUGGAGAGCUGCUGCCAGUCAGUGAAGACAAUACUGAGCAAGAUGGGUCAAGAGUCUGACUCAUAAAUAUAAGGCAGCUCCCUAUGAGAUGUGAGCCUGUGUCUCCCUGCUUCUGACACCCUUUUGAAUGUGCCAAGGGCUCCAAAUGUAUUGGGGUAGCAACAAAAAACAACAAGAAGGUUGAUCUCCUGAGAGAUGGAAUUGUAGGGGAUCUGGGCUCAAUACCUGCCUCCUUUCCCCAAAGAAUCUCUCCAGGGUUGCCAGACUUUGGAACCUCUGGGCGGAGGAGGAAACCUGAGUUUUAGAGCCAGCUGGGAAAAGCUGGCCCCUCCUCCCUGGGUGCUCCUAAAUACCUGGCCUGCAGGAAGGAGGUGCUUCAAAGAGAUCUUGCAAGACAGAUGGAGCAUCAUCCUCUGGGGGAGAUGAGCAGCGGCAGGUUUCCCGUGGAGGUGAAAGCAGUGGGCUUGCUGAAGCACAGAAAACAAAAGGUCUGGAUGCUUUUUGUCUCCUGGUCAGAUCAAAACAACAUUCUCAUCUACCGGGAGUUUGAAGAAUUUAAGAAACUCCAUAAAGACUUGAAGAAAAAGUUCCCUAUUGAAAGUGGUCUCUUGAAGAAGUCAGACCGGACCAUCCCCAGGUUUCGAGAUGUAAAGGUGAUGCUGAAGAAGAACCAGAAGUUGAGCAGGUGCCGGGAGAGUCUGAUGUUGCUGGAGAUUUACUGUCAGGAGCUCCUGAAGACAAAAGCCAGGAUCUCCCAGGGAGAGGAUGUCGUCCAUUUUUUUGAAGCACAAAGCCGAGAUAUGGACCCUUCUUUUCCAGAGAACAGCAUUGUGAUUUUGCCUUCUGAAAUGGGCCCAGGGAAGAAAGAGAUUCCUUUGCCACCCAGCGCGACCAUCACCCAGCCGGUCGUCUCCCAGAGUUACAGGUGCCUUGAAGCCUAUGAGACCAAAGACACAAGCAACAGGCUCUUCAGAGCCACCAAGGGGGAAAUACUUGAAGUCCUCAUGAAAGACAAGACAGGAUGGUGGCUGGUGGAAAACUACUGGAAACAAAUUGCCUGGUUCCCAGCCCCGUACCUGGAGGAGACGGAGGAGGUAGCUGCCACCGAGGAGACAGAGGAGACAGGGAUGCUGUAUUAUGUCACACGGGCUUAUGAGGCCAAGAAGUCAGAUGAACUGUCUGUGAAGAUUGGGGUUGUGGUGGAAGUGCUGGAGAAAUCAAAUGAUGGAUGGUGGCUUGUUUGGUAUAAUGGGACAACAGGCUACGUCCCUUCCAUGUUCCUCCAGCCAUACAGAAACCCUCAUAGCAAAUUCUUGGCUCUCGUCAAUAGCAGCCUGUGUUACUCUAUGCCAAACCUAUCUCAAGCUACUAGUCCCUUGAGUAAGAGCUCCCCAAGCCAACAGAGAGGCUCUUGUGGGGGUGCUGCCCAGGUUCAUUCAACCAAUACGACGAUGGAAAUGCAAGAAUACAACAAGCCCCCAAGUAGAAUGAGAUCUCACUCUCUGAGUGUGUCUGUGGCCGUAACCACAUCCGGGCUGGCAAGCGGGGUGGACUGCUUGUCUGACAGCUCAGGAAACGUGAGUGGACAGGGAUAUGAGUGGCCCCAGAAUCCUGAGGUGAAUAGGGUGAGGAACAGCAGCCCUAGAGAGACCCCCCUCCUCUGUUCCUCAAGGAGUCAUGGCUGUCUCUCCCCGCCCCUGGAGAGCAAGCAUCGAAGCGACUCUGGCUUUGAGGAGCAACCGUUGGGCUCGUCUGAGACUUUGCUUCGCUCCUCAGAUUCUGAACCCACUUCUGGUCAUCCAACGAUACCCCCACGCCCUCAGGCCCAUGAAAUCCUGCAGAGGUGUACCACCAUCACCAGAAGAGCCCUGCGAGGGGGUCUGGCCAGGGCCAGCCCCGCUGCAUCCUCUCAAGCCUGCCAUUGAAACGGCAACAUAGAGGGCGCAAAACAAGGGGGGUAGCAGGAGAUGGUUCAAAACACAAGUGGGGGGGGGAGUGCCAGUACUGAGCAAGGCAACAAACACAGCCCUACAUGUGUGCAUUUAGAACUCGGAGCCUUAAUGCUUGGAGAGUGGGUAAAAUGGAAGCGACUCUUGCAGGCCUCUCUGACGGAUAAACAAGCUCGUUGAGCUCUUGAUACAGGAGCCUUCCCCAACCUGGGGUGCUCCAGAGGCUUAGAACUAGAACUCUCACAUCAGCCAUACUUCCUGAGGCUGAUGGGUUACAGUCC